ACUUAGAUCCUGCUGAUCCAUGAACUGAUGGAGUUAUGCACCUCUCGUUUUGAGUGCUUGGAUGGCAUCAUAUGCCGAUUAGUUAAGAAAUUAUCAGGUGCUUCAGUCAUACGUCUGUAGCUGCAAAUUGGGGAGGCCCAGCUCGAAAAAGGGACGGACAACACCCGCAAAAAAAAAAAAGGGACGGACGACAUUUGCUCGAAAAAGGGACGGACGACAUCGGAUUCCACAAGAUGACAAAGACCAACCGAGAGCCUCUCACAGGCCGGCUCACGCACGUACUCACUAGCUCUCGCACCCGGCCCUUACUCUCACCACACAGACUCUGCGCUGAGCUUGAUCGACGUGGUAAUGGAUGCGGCAAGCAAGAAGGCCUACGUGAUUGCCAUAGUUCUGCAGGUGGUCUACACAGGGUUUUCCGUGCUAUCCAAGGCCGCCUUGGACGACGGCAUGAGCAUCUUCGUCUUCAACUUCUACCGCCAGGCGACCGGCUCCCUUCUCCUGGUCCCCGUCGCCCUCCUCUUCCAAAGGAAAAAUGUGACGUCGAUGCCGUUGAUGUUGCUGCUGAAGCUCUUCUUGUGUGCCUUAUUCGGGAAUACAUUAAGCUUGAAUGUGUACAAUGUUAGCCUGAAGCUCACGUCUGCAACCCUGGUGGCAGCAGCAGGCAACGCCGUGCCAGCGGUCACCCUCUGCAUGGCCUUGCUACUCAGGAUGGAGGUGGUGAACCUGAGGAGCUCCUCUGGCAUUGCCAAGGUCAGCGGCGCAGCGUUCUGCCUCGCCGGCGUCUUGGUCAUGGCCAUCUACGCGGGGCCAGGGCUGACCCCUGUCAGCCACCACCGUGCCUUCACCUCCCAUGCUCGGGGCUCCGGAGCCCAUGCGAGUACCUCAAAGGCGGCGUGGAUCAUAGGAACGUUCCUCAUGGUUAUCAAUAACAUAGCGUGGUCCCUAACCGCCGUGUGGCAGGUUGAUCGAAAUAUUGUUUUUUCUUCCCCACUAUCCGAUCACUACUACAAAAUAGUACAUCCUAAAGACUUCAUCACUGCUGGUUUGAACCGAACUGACGUUGAUAGUAGACAUUACCACUGGGUCACAUUACGAAUCAACAUUCUUAAUAUGAACCAGUGUUUACGAGAACAACAUCCUCAUAUUAUUUUUUCCUCUCCCUCCCCUCCUUUCCUUUUCAUUCCUCUCCCAUCGCCUUCUCUUCCUCCCACGCCGCUCCUCACCUCCUCUCCCCCGCCGGUCCCCUCCCCCACCGCCCAUCCCUCGCUGCUCCUCCCCUCCCAGCCGCAUUUCCCCUUCCCAGCUCCCCCACUCCUGGCUGGCGGUGUCGAGGUAGCACAGCUCGGGACGAGGAUGGACUGGGUUCUCAUCUGA